GGUAUAAAGUGGUGCUGGAAGAGAGAAGGAAAAGAUACUCUGGAGAGACAGGAUGUCCCUACAAUCCAUUUAUCAGUCUAUCUAUCUGCUCUCUGCAUGUUAAUUCCUUUGUUUUGGACAGUUUUGUUUUUCAACCGGGACCAUGUGAAGCUGUCUGGAAGAGCGGUGGAAAAUUCUCACAUUAUUCUCCGGAAAUGUAAAUGCUCCCUUUCCUUUUUAAAAAAUAUGACUGAACUGGACUGAAUUUGUAUCUAGUAUUUUCUUUCUUUUCAGUCCCCCCACCCUCUGGAUUCAAGAGAGGAGAAGGAUGGAAGAGAGAAGUGGAGGAUAGAAGUAAUAGAAAUCAGAUCACAAGCCCUGGAAAGUGAGGUGUUGAAGAAUGACAGGACUUAAAUGGGACCCCUUGUGCACAGAAGUGACGUCUGACAUUGGGGAUAAAAACAUUGCCUAUUCUUUCAUGUGCGGGGAUACCCAGCUCAGCUGACAUCAAACCAGUCAUUCAGACUUUUUUUUGUUCAACAUCUAGUAACUUUCUCUUCUAAUCAGCAUGCCUCUUAAAACCUUUAAAAUACAUCUGCAGCAAUAGGUGGAACGAUGCAGAUUGCAACAGCUGCAUGGAUGCGCUGUUGUAGCUUGGGAAACGCUGGGAAUGCCAUUAAAUUGGGCAGAAGUGGGCCACGCAGAAGGAGGCUGAUGAUGCUGAUGUGGAUUAUCCUCUCUGGCUCACUGUGCCUGAUGGUUGACGGCCAGAUGAAGAUCCCACCAGAAACUGUGCAGCAGUGGGCCGUGUCCUUCGGAAAAGAGAUUGCUGCUUUGUCGAAUAGAUACUCUGGAGCUAAACUUUUGCAGAAGAAAUAUACGGAUGUGGAGGGCGUGGUGAAGAUGGAGGAGGUGAACGGUGAAGAGCUGGUAAAGAAGUUUGCGGAGGAAAUGGAGGAGAUGCUCGGAAGGAAAAUGAAAUCAGUGAAGAAAUUAGCAGAAGCAGCAGAAGAUGCUGAUCUUGGGCACGAGUACAACGAAACACUAGAAUUUGACUACUUUAACUCCCUGUUGAUCAACACUGUGGAUGAGGAGGGCAAUCCAAUACCACUUGGUGGAGAAUUCCUCUUGGAGAAAAAUGAACAUUUCAAUAAACUUCCAGUUAACACACAGCAGAGUAACAUCCAAGUUCCUACAAAUGUUUACAAUCGAGAUCCUGAUAUUCUAAAUGGGGUCUACAUGUCUGAGGCUCUGAAUGAUAUUUUUAUUGAUAAUUUCCAGAAGGAUCCAACUCUCACCUGGCAAUAUUUUGGCAGUGCCACAGGCUUCUUCAGGCUCUACCCAGGAAUCCAGUGGAUUCCAGAUGAAAAUGGCGUGGUCACGUUUGACUGCAGAAACAGAAACUGGUACAUACAGGCCGCCACUUCUCCAAAAGACGUGAUAAUCGUGGUGGAUGUGAGUGGCAGCAUGAAGGGGCUGAGACUGACGAUAGCCAAGCACACAAUUAACACUAUCCUAGACACUCUGGGAGAAAAUGACUUUGUAAAUAUUAUAGCUUACAGUGACUAUGUUCGCUACGUGGAACCCUGUUUCAAGGGCAUGCUGGUACAAGCUGAUCUGGAUAACAGAGAGCACUUCAAGCUUUUGGUGGAUGAGCUUCAAGUCAAAGGAGAGGGCAAAGUAAAAAAAGCAAUGAAGGAGUCUUUCAAGGUCCUUAACGAGGCUGCUGCACUGGGGCAGGGCAGUCUGUGCAACCAGGUCAUCAUGCUGAUAACAGACGGCGCCAUGGAGGACUUCAAGGAUGUUUUUGAAGAGUUUAACUUUCCAGAACGUCGGGUUCGAGUGUUCACGUAUCUCAUUGGCCGCGAAAUGACUUUUGCUGAAAAUGUUAAAUGGAUCGCCUGCAACAACAAGGGUUAUUACACACACGUGUCCACGCUGGCUGAUGUUCAGGAAAAUGUCAUGGAAUAUCUCCAUGUUCUCAGUCGACCAAUGGUUAUCAACCAUGACCACGACAUCAUCUGGACAGAGGCCUACAUGGAUAGUGUGCUGUUUAACACUCAGGCACAGAGUUUGCUCCUGAUGACCUCAGUUGCCAUGCCUGUUUUCAGUAAGAAGGAAGAAACUCUGUCUCAUGGGAUUUUGCUGGGUGUGGUAGGAACAGAUGUGGCCUUAAGAGAAUUGAUGAAAUUAGCUCCAAGAUACAAGCUGGGUAUCCAUGGUUACGCCUUCCUCAUCACCAAUAAUGGUUACAUCCUGUCUCAUCCAGAACUACGGCCUCUGUAUAAGGAGGGAAAGAAACUGAAGCCUAAACCAAACUACAACAGUGUUGAUCUGUCAGAGGUUGAAUGGGAGGAUACUGAGCAGAAACUGAGGACAGCCAUGGUCAAAGGAGAAACCGGCACAAUGUCUUUAGAUGUGAGAUCUUCAGUGGACAAAGGAAGGAGAGUGAUCUUUUUGAAGAAUGAUUAUUUUUACACCGUCAUAAAUGAGACACCAUUCAGUCUUGGUAUAGUCUUGAGUAGAGGGUAUGGAGAGUACAUCUUCACAGGAAAUGUCUCACUGGAUGAAGGUCUUCAUGACUUAAUCACUCCAGAUCUGACCUUAGCCAAUGAGUGGACCUAUUGUGAGAUAGAUAUCGACCCAUCACAUCGCAAACUGACCCAGCUGCAGGCGGUCAUAAAAUAUCUCACUGGGAAAGAAAAAGAUCUGCGCUGUGAUAGACAGUUGUUGCAACAGACUCUAUUUGAUGCUGUUGUUACAGCACCUAUGGAAGCGUACUGGACCGCUCUCAUGCUUAACACAUCUAGUAUGGACGAUGGUGUUGAGACUGCUUUCUUGGGGACUCGUUCAGGCUUGCAGAGGUUCCUGAGGUACACGGGUGUUGAAAAAAGAGUUGGCAAGUCUUUCCUGACCUCCACAGAUAAAGAGAAUAUGUUCACUCUGGACCAUUUCCCUGUGUGGUACCGCAGAGCAGCAGAGUAUCCAGUUGGACAGUUUCUGUACUACAUGCCCAGACAGGACACAAGAGAUCUAUUCAGGGAUUAUGAGGCUGCCUAUAGUGCCACCUUCAGUUCAGAAGAGGUGCAACACCGUGUGGAGGAGCAGGCAGGAAGAAUUGUGAUUAGCUCCACUGCUGUGACUGUGACGGUGGGCAAGAAAACAGCCAUCGCUGGAGCUGUUGGGGUUCAGAUGACUCUGGAGGUGCUUGAAUCCAAAUUUAGGACCAUCGCUGCACAGGUAAGACCAUUCAGAUGGUACACUGUCAGUAAUAUUUUGGACGUGGCACCAAUCAGACUGGAUAUUGUAUUUUAUACUAAGGCCUUCAACUCAUCCACCAUUCCUGUCAUAUUUUAGAUUUACCUGAUUAUUUAAAGUUUAGACAUACAGACAUCCCUUCUUCAUGAAGCCUGCUGCUCAUUGUAUCUUCUUUUCAGAUAUUUUAGCAAUUAGAAAGCACAAGACCAGCAUAUUUUAUGUCCUUUACAUACAUUUAAUGUGGUGAAAACUAGUUG